AGUUAAUUAAUAACAAGAGCUCGGGAGCGUUUUUCGAUCUCAGAGUUGUUUUAGCCGCGUUGCCAAUUGGACGUCGCCGCAUUUUCCGCUCACCUUGCCAACAUUUUCGCGUCCUGAAAAAAGCCGCCGCAACAUAACGUAAACACCCCACCUGCUUUGCCUCCUCCUCCGCCGCUCCACCACCAACCAAGUCCCUGCCGCCUCUCUUCGUUUUUGGCCAAUUGCUAAAAAGUUGGUCUACAGUGAAACGUGAAAUCUCUUAUUUUAACUUUGACGAACAACAACAAAAAUUAAAUAUCUCUGUGCUCCGUUCGAGGCGUAUAUAUUUCUUUCAAUUUUUUUUGUGUUCGCGCUUGAGCCGGUGAACAUCUAGCGGAGAUCACACGGAUUGCAGAACGAUUAGCAGAUACAGAGAUCACAGAUAGAACUAUAAUCAGUAUGGGCAAGGCGGAUUGCAUUAGCUACGAUGAGCAGAAGGUGCCCUACAUCGAUCUGGGCUCGGCGCAGAUCCGCAUGGACAAGGAUCAGGCACCAGAGUGGGCUCUAAAGAAGGCACAGGACGAGCUGCGUGAGGUGCCCGGCGUUAAAGAGCAGGCGAUCAAGGAGCUCAGGGAACUUAUUCAAAAUGAAAAGUAUCUUAACCUGCCGCUGGAUGAUGAGUACAUGAUGAUGUUCCUGCGUCCUUGCCAUUAUUAUCCAGAGAGUGCCUUGAAAAGGCUCAAGAACUUUUAUCACAUGAAGCUCAAGUACGGAAUUGCUUGCGAGAAUAUAAUUCCCGGCAAAUUGCGUAAUGUUUUCGAGGCAAAUAUUCUUAAUUUGCUGCCCCAAAGAGAUCAACAUGGUCGCCGACUUUUGGUGCUGGAAGCAGGCAAAAAAUGGAAGCCUUCCCAGGUGCCCUUGGUGGACCUAUUCCGUGGCAUUCAGCUUACCGUCUUGGGUUCCAUGGUUGAACCUUAUUCACAAAUCUGCGGAGCUGUGGUUAUCAUCGAUAUGGAGGGUCUGCCACUAAGCCACAUUACACAAUUUACACCGUCAUUUGCCGCCAUGCUGCUGGAUUAUAUUCAGGAAUGCAUAUGCAUGCGUCUGAAGGCGGUUCACAUUGUGAAUAACUCGUAUAUAUUCAAUAUGCUCUUUGCCAUAUUCAAGCCAUUCAUUCGUGAAAAGCUGCGCAAGAGGAUCUUCUUCCAUGGAAAGGACUUCAAGUCCCUGAUCUCUCACAUUGAGGCCAGUGCCUUGCCGCCCAAAUAUGGUGGUUCUGCCACCUGGGAACUGCCGCCUGGCAAAGUUCUUGGCGAAUUCUUUGAAUGCUAUUCCAAGGACUAUGAAAUGGCUGACAGCUAUGGCUACACAGAGGGCUAUAAAAUGAAGAAGUAAAUACUGUGUAAUAACCAUCCCUCAAAUCCAAAUUUAAGCCCAAGUCCUUUCCCUAUUCGAUUCGUAUUUUAGUCACUUAAGUUGGGUCAUUUGUGAUAUUGCAAAUAUUGUCGUAAUUUAAGUCUUAGUCUCUUUGCCUUUAAAUUUAAGCAACUGUUAAAUGUUAAAAACACAAAUUGGCAAAUUCAUGAUCAAAGUUAAGAUUUUGAUUAGGGGUUUUCUAAGCAUUAAAUUUGAUACUAUAUUUUUACUAUAUAUUUUCUAUAAUUGUUAUUGAAAUAAUAAAGAAAU